AUGGGAAAGAAUGCUCCAGGAAAUAAUCAAUUGAAUUCUCCUACGAUUCAAAGGGAUAUUAUUGAAUGUUGUGCAAUGGAAACGAGAAAGAUCAUAUUGAAUGAGCUAGGGGAGAAGAAGUUUGCUCUUUUGGUUGAUGAAGCCCGAGAUUGUUCAAUAAAGGAGCAAGUGUCUUUGGUGUUGAGAUUUGUUAAUGGCAAAGGAAUGGUUUUGGAACAUUUUCUUGGAUUGGUUCAUGUGAAUGAGACUUCUGCAAAAGUUCUAAAAAAUACUAUUGAUACUUUUUUUGCCAAGCAUGAUUUAUCACUUGCAAAACUCAGAGGGCAAGGUUACGAUGGAGCUGCAAACAUGAGCGGUGAAUUUAAUGGGUUAAAAACACUCAUUCUAAAAGAAAACAAAAAUGCACAUUAUAUUCAUUGUUUUGCCCAUCAACUUCAGUUAGUUGUUGUGACUGCUUCAUAUGAAUCAGAGAGUGUAUGUGAUUUCUUUGAAACAUUGUCAAUGAUAGUGAAUACAAUUGGAGCUUCGUGCAAAAGAAAUGAUUCUCUUCGAGAAAUACACAAUGAGAAAGUGUUGAAUCAAGUGGAGAUGGGUGAGAUUUCAACUGGAAGAGGUCAGAAUCAAGAAAUAAGUUUAGCUCGGCCUGGUGAUACACAUUGGGGUUCUCACUACACAACAAUAGUUAGACUUUUUGACAUGUGGAAUUCAGUUGAAAGAGUGUUGUUGGCAAUAAACAAACUAGAUUUUGGGAAUUACAAAUACCCUAUCAAAGAUUCUACAAGCAAGAGAUCAAAAUAUAGGAUAUGCACUCAAUAUGAUUAA